AUUUGACAGACGAAUCUAAAGUUUUGGCUUGUCAACAUCGAAGAAUUUCAGGAUUUUUUUUUGUUGAUUUAUUUCGAGAAUAUUUUUUGAAAAUAUAACAACGACUUAUUUAACUUAAACAGUGAAAGUGCAUAAAACACACAAAAGUGUGCUAGAGAAAUGAGUAGUUUGUUUGCAUCGACACCCACUUCACAAGAGACCGCAUCAUUGUUUAUCAAUGAAAAAAUCGCCAGCGCUCGAACAAAGAUCAUCGAUUGGUUGAAUGAAUGUGGCGAAGGUGGAAAAGCACCAGAACGAUGCGAAGCAAUUAAAAAAAUACAAGAACUUAUUGUCCAUUCAGACGAAGAAUUGUUAGAAGAAUUUUUAGAGAAUAUUCUCGCCUAUAGCCAUGAUACGGUGCAAGAAGUGCGACGAUGUGUUGUUGGAUUCAUCGAAGAAAUAUCCAAAACACAAAUUAGUUUUGUAUCACGAACAAUUACUGUGUUGGCUGGUUUGCUGCGCGACCAAUCGCCGCAAGUGAUAAAACGUGUCAUACAAGGAUUUGCCGCUGUUUAUAAGAAUUUUCUACAAUGGAUAUGCACAUUGGGUGACAUAUCAGAGGAGACAGAUCAAGCAUGGAAUACAAUUUGCAUUAUGAAAGCCGAAAUUGUUGACAUGAUUGAUCACAACAAUGAUGGUGUUCGAACCAAUGCUAUUAAAUUUCUUGAAGGUGUUGUUAUUUUGCAAACGUAUGCUGAUGAAGAUAGCAUGAAACGAGAGAAUGACUUUUCACUCGACAACAUCCCAUUGACAAUGAAAAUCGUUCGGCGGCGUAAGCUCGAAGAAGAAGCCUUUAGCAUUUUUGAAGCGCUGUUGAAGUUUCAUGCCGCAUCACAUAUUUCGAGUGUAAAUUUGAUCGCAUGUACGGGAACAUUGUGUACGGUUGCCAAAUUGCGUCCGACAUUUUUGUCGGCCGUGAUUACUGCACUUAAAAACCUUCAUUCCAAUCUGCCGCCAACAUUGACGGACUCACAAAUGAUAUCGGUGCGAAAACACCUGAAAAUGCAAUUAUUGAACAUACUCAAACAACCGUCCGCUUUCGUGAUGCAAUCGACAAUUACAAAUAUUUUAGUUGAUUUGGGUGCCACUAAUUCAGAGAUUCAAAAGGCAAUUCCGAAAUUGGAUAAAAAAGAGCAGGCGCGACGGGCAAAGCGUGCGGCUGAAAAUGCAGACGAAAGUGCAGCUAAGCGUAUUCGAGUGGAAAAAACUGAGCGACCCGUACGGCGUGAAAUGGAAAUUGAUCAAUUUGAGGUGGAAGAGCAAAAGCGUCGUUCAAAUAAAGCAAACGAAGCAUUUUUAAUGGAACAUUUAACAUCCAAAGAAAUAGUUGCCGAUUUAGUUAUGGAAUCGAUGCAAAAUUUACCCAAUGAAAUACCAGCACAUUUCUUACGCAAUUAUGUGGCUGAUCCAAGCCUAACAAUUCCGCAACGUACACAGAAAAUUGCAAAGCAAUUGUCGGAAUUAAUGACAGCCGAACGAUUGGGACCGGGUGCUGUUGAAAUCUCAAAGGAUCCACCGAUGCGUAUUAAAAGCAGUCCAGAAGAAGAGCGUCGCAUUUUGAUGGGCAUAAAAAAAGAUCCAAUUCGAAGCGAUUCGGCAAUGUCAAUGGACGAUGAUUUUGAAGAUGGUUCCGCACUGGCCGAACAACGAAAAGAAGAAGCAACAAAAAAACUACGCGAAACAAUUGAACGUGCGAAAACUGAACAUGCAAUUAUUCCAAGAUUAAAGCAAAAAGCAAAAUCCUUGAAAUUGGAAGAAAUUACGAAACAAUUGCCACGCGCUAAAAAAGAAUCACUUCUGGUGCAAUCAGUGGGUCGCAUAUUGAAAGCGGAGAAACGUUGUUUGGCCGGUGGUGUAACGAAUCAGCGUAAACGAAUUUUAACCAUUUUGGCGGCAACCUUUACGGCAGAUGUGCGUGAUACCAUUUUGAAUUACAUCAAAGAAGAUCUUUCGAAUCGCUUCGAUUUGGCUGAGAUGUGGUUAUUUGAAGAGUUUAGUUUGUUUCAAGGAUUCACACGACAUUCAUAUAUAAAGAGUGAAAAUAAACCAGAUUAUGCGUACAAUAAGUUGCUUGGUGACAUUAUUUCUACCAUUUUGGCAACCGACAUUGAGAAAUUCGAUCAGGAGAGAUUCAUUCGACGCAUUUAUAUGAGCGCACCGAUCAUAUCAGAAGAUGCAUUCACAACACUAAUCGGUAGCUGUGAGGUGGUCAGUUUAUCAAGAUGUGCAAUGGAAAUUGUACGAGAUUUAGCCGUAUCGCGGCCUCCGAAACGCCUACGUUUUCUAAAUGUAUUACUUCGAUUUUCCAUGCAUGAAAAUUACGAUUUGCGUGAGAAGGCGCAACAAAAUCUAAUCACCAUUUAUGCACAGCAUCAAUUAUGUCGCGAUAAAAUCGAAGAAUUUGCUUUGCGUUGGUUGAACUAUUUGCAAAAAGAAACACCACCGAAUGAAAUAUUCAACAAUGACUAUGGCCGAACUGAAACGGCCAUUAAAUGGACUGAGUCAUUAUCGAAAAUAUGCUUGUCAUUAUUUCUAAAUCUGUUACAAAAUAACGAUGGAUUGCUGACGAAUUUGUGCGACAUUUAUGUGAAAACAUCGUCAGAUAUGAAACGAACAAUACUGCGAUCGAUUGACGUUACCAUUAAAAAAAUGGGCGCGGAAAAUGCACAAAUUUUAAAGAUGAUAGAAGACGGUGUCAAAGGAACUGAAACUCUAAUCACUCGAAUUAUUUAUAUUCUCACCGAACGCAUGGCAAUCAGCCCAGAUUUGGUUCGACGUGUACGUGAUCUCUAUCAAAAUAAAGUAUCUGACGUUCGCCUAUUGAUCCCAAUAGUCACUGGUUUGACCAAACAAGAAGUAUUAACAAUGCUACCAAAAGUGCUGCGUUUGAAUCCAGUCGUUGUGAAGGAGGUAUUUAAUCGUUUAUUGGCCAUUGGUCCGGAAUUUGAGCACGUCAAAAAUCUACCAUUGAUGCCGAGUGAAUUGCUUGUGGCCUUGCAUACAUUGGAUCCAGCAAAAGUUGAGCUAAAAUUAGCCGUAAAAGCCACAUCAUUGUGCUUGGAUCGUAAAGAGCGCUACACUCAAGAUGUAUUGGCUAUUGUUUUGAAUCAACUCGUUGAUAUUACACCUUUGCCCACACUUUUAAUGCGAACGAUUCUUCAAUCACUUCAACUCUAUCCAAAACUCAGCAAUUUUGUCAGUAAUUUACUGCAACGCUUGAUACCCAAACAAGUUUGGAAGCAAAAGGUCGUUUGGGAAGGAUUUUUAAAAUGUUGUCAACGAUUAAAACCAGCCAGUUUUCCGGUGAUGUUAUCGCUGCCACCAGCUCAACUCAAAGAUGCACUGAACACAUGCCCAGAAUUACGGCAACCACUGCUUGAGCAUGCAAAUGAGGUUAUCGAAAAACAAACGAUACCCGUUUCCAAAAUGAUUAUGGACGUUUUACAUGGCAAAUCAGAGGAUGUUUUUAUUACGGAAGUACCAGAAAAUCUUGGAAUGAUCCCAUUAGAAAAUAUCAAGAAAGAACGAGACGAUGCAAAAAGUUUGGACACGGCACAGCAACCGUUACCACCUGGAGAGUAGUUUAUAUGUCUUUUGAAUGAAAAAAAAAAGUUACUUCAAAAUGAUGUUUUUGUUUUCAACCAUUUACAUGUUUUUACAUCAU